CACUAUUGGCUCCAACCAGAUUGUAAAAAAUGUGAACAAAAAGGUGGGAUUUGCCAGGCCAAAAGACACACAUCUCAACAUGAAUUCGAAUGCAUAGGCAUCAAUAAAGGUUCAUCAAAAUCGAAAGUGAUUGCUGCUUGCAUUGAAAGGAAGAGUUACAUAAGAAUCAAAAAGUUUUUGGAGGAUUAUAAAGCUCUUAAGCCUGCCAGAUACUCUUAUGCAGAUAUAAAAAGAAUUACAAAUCAGUUUAAGGAAGAAUUGGGGCAGGGAGCUUUUGGAUCUGUAUUCAAAGGAAAGCUAUCAAAUGAAAUUCAGGUAGCUGUUAAGGUCCUAAACACUUCAACAAGAAAUGGACAAGAGUUCAUCAAUGAAAUGGAAGCAAUGUGUCAAAUUCACCACAUCAACGUGGCUCCCUUGGUUGCCUUUUGGUAUGAGUUUUUACCGAAAGGCUCAUUGCAGAAAUUCAUAUCAUCUGCGGACACUAAAGAUGUCUUUUUAGGUUGGGAAAGACUACAAAACAUUUCUCUUGGUAUAGCCAAAGGAAUUGAGUAUCUUCAUCAAGGUUGUGAUAAAAGAAUUCUUCACUUUGAUAUCAAACCUCAUAAUGUAUUGCUAGAUGACAAUUUCACACGUAAAAUUUCUGAUUUUGGUUUGGCGAAACUUUGUUCUAAGGAAAAAAGUAUUGUAUCAAUGACCACGGCUAGAGGAACUUUGGGCUACAUUGCACCAGAGGUAUUUUCUAGGAACUUCGGCAAUGUAUCAUAUAAGUCUGAUGUUUAUAGUUAUGGGAUGCAGCUGCUUGAAAUGGUUGGAGGAAGGAAAAUCACCGAUGUCACGGCCGAAAAUAGCAGCCAUGUUCACUAUCCAGAAUGGAUUUAUAAUCUUCUUGAGAACAAUGAAGAUAUAAAAAUCCAUAUAGAAGGAGAAGAAGAUACCAGAAUUGCAAAGAAGCUAUCAAUUGUGGGACUUUGGUGCAUUCAGUGGCAUCCGGCGAAUCGUCCAACCAUGAAGUCUGUGGUUCAAAUGCUUGAAGGAAAUGGUGAGAAGUUAGAGAUGCCACCAAAUCCUUUUGCCUCUGCAUCUGCAACUAGAGCAAGUGUUAAACGUCUGAACUUAGAGCUAGAUGUCAUCUCAGAAAUAGAGUGAUGAAGUUUGGGAUAACACUGAUCCGAACUGAUUUUCAGUUUGAAAAAACUGAAUCGAACUGAUUUUCAGUUCAAAAAACCAAACCGAAGUGGUUUAUAAACCAGUGAACCAAUUUAUUUUUGAAUCGAACCGAACUGGUUUGUAAACCAAAUUUUACGUAAUUACCCCUAACUAUUUCUAAAAAAACAAAUUCGGUUCUAAUUUUUUCGAAUUAAAAAUCGGUUCAGUUCAGUUUUUUGAACUGACAACCAGUUCGGUUCGGUUUUUUCAACUGAAAACUGAUUCGGUUCGGUUCUAGUUUUAAAAAAUUAUAUCAAAAACAAUUUGGUUCAGUUCAGUUCUGCAGUUUGAUUCAAUUUUUGAUUUUUUUAACACCCCUAAUCAAUAGUACUUCCAUGUUAUUAGAAAUUUAAUUUCUCUAAA